CGGGCCGCGAGCAGACGUACCGCGGCCGCUGCUGGAUCCAACGCUGGGUUGACAAUGACGUGCCCGAGUGAUGCAGAUAAGGCUGAGCGAGGGAGCGGUGGGGUGGCGUGACCCGCCCGGCCGCCUCUGACAUGGUGACCACUGACCCGGCGGGCGCAGCCUCUGGCCCUGAGGCCGACACCAUCGAGAUGGUGGAGACGGUGCGGCUGACGGGCGGUGGCCGCGGCGCCGCGCCGCCCGCCCACUGCCGCGCACUCUCCCAGCUGCUCCGCAUACGGGUAUUUCAGAUCUUCUGCGGAAUCGGCUGCAUGAUUUUGGCAGCAGUGGCCUUCAUCGAAGAGAAACGCUUCAACCUAGCCAUGGGGCUUCUUUCCGGCGCCUUAACUGUUUUGGCCGCAAGUGUAAGUAUACAGCACAGUAGUUACUUUGACAAUUUGUAUCACUCGUGGAACGUGGAGAUCAAGCGGCAGCCGCGGUUUCAUCUCCCGUCCAUCUUCACUAAACCGCACCGGCCGGCGCUGGGCGUCACCGUGACGUGGCUGGUGGCCGGCGUCGGCAACACCGUGCUCAUCGUGCUCACCGUGCUGACGCUGAGUCGCGGUGCGCUGAGCGACACUCUGCUGGCGCUCUGCGUGCUCGAGAUACUGCUGGUCAUAGGCCUCAUGCUCAGCGCCGCGCUCGUUGUGUGGAUCGACUACCGCGUGCUUCAAGAACAUGCAGUGUAGCGCUGCGACAGUGACGCUCCCCGAGCCGUGCGGUGUCGGCGCCGUCGUGACCGCGUGGAAACGCUUACGUGUUAUGGCAUGUGUUUGGGCAUUAGAAUACUCAUGAGAUGUUAUUAGUGUCUGAUGAUCCUAUAGGUUCGAGUGACCUCAACCAGGAUAUGAGCCCCUCCAUCCGCCGCGUGCGCAGGUCUCUCGAACCUAUUGGACUGAAGCGCGUCUAGUUCCAUCGUCACCGACUGAUGUAUGGGCCAGUGCAACAUUGCUCCAGCUGGGUGUAUGCUGAGCCUAUUUUGCAAAUGUUUGGCACCAAUCAAAGAAUAACUGAGUGUUGA